AUGCUGGCAUGGCAGGACGGCGGGGCCAAGGCGGCCCCCUCUCACCACAAGAUCUCCUUCUCGGUCCUGGACAUUCUGGAUCCGCAGAAAUUCACACGCGCUGCGCUCCCCGCCGUUUGUCUCGCUCCCCCGGAAGCCAAGAAAAGUUUAGUGGCGGUGGAAGCAGGGAAGGACACCAGCCCCGGGGACCCGAUCGCAGUGCCGGAAACCCCUGAUGCUGCGGACCGCGGCAGUGGCCCCGCGUCCCCCCUGGAGGGCUCCGAGGAGGAAGAGGAGGAAGAUGCGGAGGAUGAGAGGGGCACGCGGCGGAGGGAGCGGGCGGAGCGCUGGCAGGCUGGCCCCGCGCCUUCCCGGGAUACCCGCGCUGCCGCGUCAGGGGCUGGGGAGAGCAGCGCGGAUGGCACCCCGGCAUCCCCGGGAUCGCCCGGUUCUCCGCGGGUCCGGCGGCGGCGCACGGAGCCCAGCUGCGCCAAGCCCCGGCGCGCGCGCACCGCCUUCACCUACGAGCAGCUGGUGGCCCUGGAGAACAAGUUCCGAGCCACGCGCUACCUGUCUGUGUGUGAGCGCCUGAACCUGGCGCUGUCGCUCAGCCUCACCGAGACGCAGGUCAAAAUCUGGUUUCAGAACCGCAGGACCAAGUGGAAGAAGCAGAACCCGGGGGCCGAGGGCGCGGUGCAGGCGGGCGGUGGCGCACCGCAGCCAGGGACGCCCGGCGCGAUGGCCGGGGCCUGCGGCAGUGGCACUGGGGGCAGCCCCGGCCCACCCGGCCCCGGCGCUCUGCACUUCCAGACUUUCCCCUCCUACUCCUCGACCAACGUCCUCUUCCCCACCGCCUCUUUUCCACUGACGGCCACUGCCACCGGGAGCCCCUUCGCGCCCUUCCUGGGGCCCUCCUACUUGGCCCCUUUCUACGCCCCGCAUCUAUGA